AUGGGAAAUUCAAGUAAAAUCUGCUCUACUAACAAUAAAGCUGGCGCACCAUCUGUAUUUAUGGGUCAAACAACAUCGUCUCAGUCCACAUUUAAUACAAAUAAGCGUAGUUCGAGUUCAGAUAAUGAUGAUAGACGAGAAACAAUUCAACAAAAAUUAAUCUAUCCAAAAAGUUCUAAAAGAAUUCUUCAAAAUCGCUCACGAACUAAAAAUUCUUCUCUUGCGAUCACUACACUUCCGAUCGAUGUUAAUCGAAUUCGACAUAAUUCAACGGUGAUCAGUAUUCCAGAAUAUAUUCGAGAAUUAGAUAAAAAAAUACCGAAUACAAAUAAUAAUUAUUGUCACAUAUCACGUUUAUCCAAUAAACAUUCUACAAAACUGUGGAGUCUAUUGAAUCCUCAAACAAAUAUAUUUUGUAAUAACAAAGAUUCAUCGAUCAAUCCUGCUUCUGAAUGUCAUGCAGCUUAUUUAGUUAAAGUUUUAUCGGGUCUAUGGAAAGAAGGUAAAAUGACCGACUUAGUUAUUAUUGUUGGUGAGAAAAAAUAUUUGGCACAUAAAUUGGCACUGGCAUUAUUUUCACCAAAAUUUCGUCAAGAAUUUGAACAAUUAGAAAAAUGUGAACAAACAAAAUUGGGUUCGUCUGAUAUCGAACUGAAACUAUCGCGUAGUACACCACAAGCAAUUGAACAAAUACUAGUGUAUAUUUAUACGUCACGUAUCGAUUUGAGUCCGGAAAAUGUUGGAUGCAUCUUGACUGCUGCUAAAGAAUUAGAUAUUGAGAACAUCAUUCAUUUGGCUAAAGAAUAUCUGAAUCAUUUUAGUUUUGGUGAUGUUCUUCGAUACAUGUCUGAUCAGGGUACUUGGUCUAUUUAA